UCACGACGUUGGAUAAUUCCGCGCUAAGAUGCUACUUUCUCCUUAAGGAGUUUCCUAAGGAGCAGAGAAUUAAUACAGAUUAAAUACAUAAAAGCAAAAAUACUUUUUGAAACACAACAUUUCAAAUGUCGAAUUGAGGUUAUGAUUUGCACAGAUCACAGAGUGAAAGGCGAUUCCCAGGGGGAUAUUCUGUGCACAGAUCACAGAUAACCCAAACUAACCUCUGUUAUUCUGUGUUGUUAACCAAAAAAAACUUACUUGUGUACUUGUCUAUCUAUGAAUUCGUAUCCUCAUGCAUAAUAAAUUUGUACAUUUUGUACGUUUGCACUAAACAAAGAUUGCUAUGGAUAGGAGAAUCGAUCCUAGACUGAAGAAACCGAGAUCGUCCAAAGGCACUCCUUUUUUUGUGCAAAGAAACUAUUGGGCUGCUGGUACACUCGGAGUUUGUGGAUUCCUUUGGUUUGUCUGGGAGUUGUCACUUAAAACUACGAAAUCCAAAGAGAUACUAAGUAAUUACUUGGAAGAUUCUGAAGAACUCAAAGCGAGAGCGGCUUAUAAUCGAGCGGCGUGGACGAAUCCUACACUGUAUACGCUAGCCGACAAGAUCAGGCAGAGAAAGGCUUACGAAAACGAACCACCACCAGAGUCACGUUUCUUCAAGUUUCUAGAGCUUCUUAGAGAACAACCAUCUGGAGUGCACUCAGCUAACGAUGAAUAAUAUCACUAGGUUUGAAUAUAGUAUGUUAAACCGAGCGUAGUAGUUAAAUAAAAUAAACAUGUAGAUAUUUCAACGAUAUUUAUUUAGCGGAAUUUAUAUUUUCUUGUCCUCAACUAUCACAAACAUUCAUUAACAUUUUCCUGAAUAGUUGCUAGGUAUUAUUUACCAUAGUGUAACUCUACAACACCUGAAAUAUCGCCAUAUUUCUUAGAGAGGCCCGCACAAGCAAAUCAGGAUAACAUUGAAACUGCCUCAAAACCAACAAAAAAAGUUGAACCUACUGUUAAUCUAAAUGAUUCUACUGAUGAUUUUAUGCCGCCUGUAGAAAUCAAAAAAAGGAAAUUCAGGUUAAAAAAGCCGCAAGUCCAACUCAAGUCAAAAAAGCGUAGAAAGUCAACUGCAGGAAACGGGAUUAAUAACUACACUAUUGAAAUCUUUAAUGAAAAUGUAAGCUACAGUGGAGAGAAUGGUGAUCAUUUGCAACUGGCUGUUGCUCUCUCCAACUCGUCGUACGAAGCGGAAUAUGGACAGUCGUCAAACUCUUCAGCGCUUAUUAACGAGCCGUUGGAUGAUAUUGGCCAAAUAUUGAAAAAUUCGAAACCAACGAAUUUGGAACGAUUUGGAUUUCAAAGCUGUAAAGCAUCUUUGUUGGUCUCAAAUCGAAAGAAAACACUUACAGAGGUCUCCAAAAAAAAUAAGAAUCGUUUCAAGUACAUCACGCCAGUGCUCAAUAUUCGUUCUGCGGACGACAGGGAAUCGUUUAUUUCAUCUAAAAUAUCUUUAAUUUUAAAUCAGUUAAAUCCAAGGCGUAAAAUGCAAUGGGAUCCUGGGACACUCUGUUCUAAAUUGCGGAAAUUCAUGCCGAAAGAUCGUAACAUAUUUCAAUUGGCCGCAUCGAAUGAAGUUGAUAACUUCUAUAUUGACGACCUUAAUUUACCUAAGAGCGAGUAUAAAUGUGGUUGUCUAUUAAAAGACUGGAGUUUGAUACCAGGAAGAGAUAAAUCACCAACGAGAGAUCUAAAAGAAAACAACGACUCUUGUAUUGAGUGUUUGGAAGCUGCAAAUUCUCAGCAAUUGAACACAUUCGAACAAUCUAUGGAUGAACAUUCAAAAGAUCCACCAGCCCCAUCAUCUCCAGAUCUCUUUCCAUCAGAUGAUGAUGCUUGCUUGGGAACUUCACGUGAAGCAACCGAAUAUAAAAGCUUCAUCUCCGGAGAUGUUCUAGAGGAGAAACACUUUUCACAACGCCUAAGCUCGCAAUACAAAAAAACAACUGUGGAUCGCAACAUUGUCAUUAGUGAAGGUAGCACGUCUAUUGAAGUUAUUGAAUUAUCGGAUGAUGAUAGUGAAAACAAUGAAUAUGUGCGCAAGUUGGCCAGUCCUGAGCUUGCAACCACUAAUUUGGAAAAACAAAAUGUGAUUGAGAAUCAAGCAGAUAUUAAAAUCCCGGUUGAUAGAAGGUCAACUGAAAUUAGUCCAAGUGAAAAUGAUGGGAGCGGGCCUCAUUCGAUUAGCUUUGAAGACAAUACUAAUUCUUCUGGUGAUGAAUUAAGUGGUAACUGGCUUAGCGAUGAAGAUGGUUGUUCCAGGCAGGCUACUUCAUUAAUGGUGGAUAUAACUGAUAUUAUCGAUCCAAUGUGCAGUGAAAGCUCGGACGAUUCUGCAAGCAAUAAAGAAAUCGAAAAUAUAUUUGAAGGUAAAGAACUAUCAGUACCAUAUGCAACAGAUGAUGAUGAACCCCUAUCACACUCUAAGGCCGAGGAAGAAGACUGCCAGAAAUCUUGUUUUGAAAAUUAUGGAUGUUUUCAGAUUACUAAUGAAAACCCGAAUUCAGAACAACUUCCCAGUUAUGAAAACAUCGACACAUCAGUUGGCGUUGACUCAAGCAAAGCGCAAUUUUGCAGAAGUUUACUGGGGUACAAUUCCUUAGAUCUGAAUGUUACUGAAUACGUAAAAAGUCUACUAAAUAAGGAAAAUGAGUGUUCUAAUCACCAGGGCCUUGAAAGCAAUUCUAGUGCUGAUAAUUUGAGCCGAUUUUCAACUCUUGAUGAGUCUCGGACAAGUGAUGGAGAAGAAUUCACGGAAGACCAACCAGUUUCAUCAGCUGAUGGUUUACGUACGAAACGUUCCAUAACACCAACAAAUUUCAUAAUCAAGACGAGAAAUGUGACGCCGAUGCCCCAUUAUGAUACGUUAACAAACAGUGAAGUGCAAAAUCGUUUAAAGCAAUUUGGCAUCAAAACCCUAACCCGCACCAAAGGAAUUAAAUUAUUGAAGUAUAUUUACGAGUCAACGCACCCUCUUGUGGAAACUGUAGAUGUACGGGAGGAAAAUGCUACAGAAAUGGAAUCCCCAGGUAUUAAACGGCGAAAAAAAACGCACACAGAUAAUCCAGGCACAUCAGAUUUUCCUUGCGAAGAAGAACCGAAUUUGAUAGAAAUUGUAGGCGAUUCUUUACUGGAAAAUGAGCGGCUCGAUGAUCUGAUCUUCGAAAGAACCAAAUCAGUAACAGUAAAAUCAUGCCAAGUUCCGCUUCAGAUCGUUUGGCAUAACUUCCUCUGUUGUAAUCCUACUAUGAGAGAGCAGAUUCUUUUAUAUCGGCCGCUAAUAUUGAAUACCAUUCAUCAAAUGUUGAAAAGUUUGGGAUUUAAAUUUAAUAAACAGGAUCUGCUAACGUUCCUGGACAGAAAGUGCAUAUCUGUACGUUGCAAUACCAUACAGAAAAAGGAGCCGUGUUUGUAAUUAUUGUGGAUUGUAAUGAAGUUAAGGAAUGAAAUGUAUCUGUUAGUGUCUGCAUGAUUUUGAAACUUUUUUAAUUGUAAAUACAACUUUUACUAUUUACCUAA